UUCAGCCCCUCACGGGGGGCCUGGAAUGAGGAGUCCUGGCCAGCUCCGGGGUUCUCAGCCCCUCACAAGGGCCCUUGGCUGAGGGGACCCAACCUGCCCUGGGGUGCCGAACUCCUCGUGGGGCUCCUCUGCUGAGGGAUGCCGGGGUGCUCAGUUCCUCUUGGGAGCCCUGGAUUGAGGAGUCCUGGCUGCGUUUGCGGUGCUCAGCCCCUCACAAAGGCCUGGGACUGGGGGGCUCCAGCAGGCCCCAGGAUGCUCAGCGGGUCACAGGGUCCUGCACUGAGAGCCCUCAGCCCCUUAUGGGAUCCCUGAGCUAAGUGGUCCCAGCUGGCCCCAGCUGUUGAGUGCCUCAUGGGGAUCCUCAGUUCCUCGGCUGGAGUGUCCCGGGACACUGAGGUGCCGACCUGGGGGUGCUGAUCCCCCCCUGGAUGAGGGGGCUGAUACCCGGCCCCGGGGAGGCUGAGCUCCUCCUGAUCCGCUGCAUCCUGCAUGUCCUGUGUUAUCCAUGUGGGAUGGCUGAGGGGGUUGGGACAGGUCACAGCCCCACAGGGCUGUCCCCGGGCUGGCUGUGUCCCCUUCCCAACAUCCACACUGGGUCCCCAUUGCUGAGCUGCUCCAGGGUGGCUCCAAGGUGUCCCUGCUUGGAUAAGCCAGGCAGGGAUGUGGAAUCAGGUGAGGUUUGUGGGCACCGUGGGGUAUGGUGAGGUAAGAGAGGUUUAGGGAUAAGCAUCCUUCAGGUGUCUGGAAACAAACACAUGUGGGCAAGUGGAUGGCAAAACCACACCUGUGUGAGCUUCACCUCUGUAGAGGUUUUCCCAGUCAUGCAGGGACCAAGGCCAGUGGUUCUGAGUGGCCCAUCAGGUGCAGGGAAAAGCACUUUGUUAAAGAAACUGCUCAAAGAUUAUGAGAACAUCUUCGGUUUCAGCGUCUCCCAUACCACAAGGCAGCCAAGACCUGGAGAAGUGAAUGGCAAAGAUUAUCACUUUGUGACCAGAGAGGAAAUGCAGAAGGAAAUUGAUGCUGGUGAAUUUAUCGAGCACGCGGAAUUCUCUGGGAAUAUGUACGGGACAAGUAAAGGAGCUGUGCAGGCCGUGCAGGCCCAGAACCAGAUCUGUGUCCUCGACAUCGACAUCCAGGGCGUGAAGAACAUCAAGAAGACGGAGCUGAACCCCAUCUACAUCUCGGUGCAGCCGCCGUCCAUUGAGAUCCUGGAGAAACGACUACGGGACCGAAAGACUGAGACAGAGGAGAGUUUACAGAAGCGCUUGACUGCAGCCCGUGUGGACCUGGAGCUCAGUAAAGAGCCUGGGCUGUUCGACCUGGUCAUUAUUAAUGAUGAUUUAGAAAAGGCCUAUUCUGAAUUGAAGGAGGUGCUGCUGGAGGAAAUCAAGAAGACCGAAGAAUCCAGGAAGUCCUGAGCUGACCCUACUUGGCCGUUUCAAUUUUGCACAUCAUUCCCGAAGCACGUCACUGUUUUAUUCCAAAAGACAUUCCCUUUAGGCUGCUCCUUCCCCCAACCUACCUAGGAUGUUUAUAUUAAAAGGAAAGAAAAGGAAA